AUGCCACGCGCCGCCGCGCCGCCCGAGGCGCCGCCCGGCGAGUACAUCCGCACAGCGUCGACAGGCAACAAGAUCUCGCGCCGGUGUGCCAUCUAUGGUGCCUCGAACAUUGUGCUGGGCGGCAAGUGCCUCAUCGAGCACCGCGCCGUGCUGCGUGGCGACCUGACGCGGCCGCCGCGCACGCCGGCGUCGGGGUCCGUCGCGCUCGCGACCGGGCGCUACGUGUGCAUUGGCGAAGGCAGCACGCUGCGCCCGCCAGCCAAGACGUACCAGGGCGUGUUUUCGUACUUUCCCAUGCGCAUCGGCGACUAUGUGCGCAUCGGCGCGCACUCGGUCGUGGAAGCCGCGCAGAUCGGCAGCCACGUCGAUAUCGGCGAGCGGUGCAUCGUCGGGCGCUUCUGCAUCGUGCGUGACGGCGCGCAGAUCCUCGACGGCGCCGUACUCGCCCCCCACACGGUCGUACCGAGCCACUGCGUGUUUGGCGGGUCGCCCGGUACGUCAGCGAUGCUCAUGGAAGCGCGGCGCGUCGGCACGCUGCCCGAGUCGUUCGCAGAGGCCCUCGAGCCCGCGCUGCGCACGGCGUACCAGGCCGUCGAGGUUUCCCGUGCAUAG